AUGAAGAUUUUCUGGAAGACCUUUUACUGGGGUGGGGUGAGGGCUAUUACUCUGAAGGGUGAACUCUUUGACACUAUAGAAGAUGGAAAGGCCAAGAUCCAGUGUGAGGAAGGGAUUCUCCCUGAUCAUCCAAGGCUGUUCUUUGCUGGUAAGCAGCUGGAGGAUGGUUGUAUUUCCUCUGACUACACUCAAGAGGAACCCACCCUUCAUAUUAUGCUGAGAUUUCAUGAGUCUUACAGCACUCCCAAGAAGAAUAAGCAGAAGAUAAAGAAGGGUAAACUAGCUGUCCUGAAAUACGGCAGAGUCGAUGAAAAGGGCAAACUUCAUCACCUUCAGUAA